AUGGACCUCCCGGUGGCGGAUCCCGGAACGGAGCGAGGCGAAGGCCCGCUGAUCCAGUGCCCAUACUGCGACUCAGAAGCGAUGCACAAGCUAGCCCAGAUCCUCCUGCCCGGUCUCGCCGCGGUCUGCGUGGAUGGCACGACGGGGGACCUGUUCCGCAACCCGUCGGUGGUGGCCGUGGACCUCCGGAAGGAGAUGGUGGACUACAUCACGCAGCGGAGCGACACGUUCAUCGCGGACGCGCUGAUCGAGUCGGAGGCGAACCAGGACGGGCCCGAGGCGGAGAUGCCCGACGACCCGUUCGAGAUCGUGUCGGUGUUCAUGGACGACUUCAGCAGAACCAAGCGCAACAUCAUCGGCCACGUCUCCGGGUGGCUGCUCAGCGACAGCCGCGACGACAAGAUCGACGACUUCGUGCAGGAGAUGGAGAUGACCAAGUUCUGGCCGCUGGAGCGCCGGGAAGCCAUCGCCGAGGUGCUGCUCAAGAACGUCGACCUCAAGACCAAGUUCCACUGCCCCGAGAAGUACGAGAACGAGGAGCGGUUGGCGGACCACAAGGAGCAGUGCAGCUUCAGGCCCGUGGUCUGCCCCAACGACGGGUGCCGGGCAAAGGUCUCCGUUCGGUGCAUGAAGGACCAUGACGCCGCGUGCUUGUACAAGGUGCUGCAGUGCGAGCAGGGAUGCGAGAAGCGGCUGCUCAGGAGGGAUAUGGAUCGCCACUGCGUCACUGUGUGCCCCAUGAGGCCCAUGAAGUGCCCCUUUGGUUGCGAUUCCUCGUUCCCUGACCGUGAUCUUGAGAAGCACUGCGCCGAGUUUCUUCAGGCGCAUUUGGUUAAGGUGCUUAAGGCGAUUCAUAAGAAAGGGGGGCGUUCGGAAGAUGAGCUCAAGGAGCUUGCUCAGAAGCUGGAAAAGUUUGAUGCAGAUGGUAAACUAGCUAAAGUUCUGGAUGCAAGACCUCUUACUAAUGUUGUGAAGGACCUCGAAGCCAAGAUGAAAGCUGAACAUUCAAGUUAA